CCUCCUCCCUUCAUAUCUCCAGCGUCCACCAUUCUCACAAGAAACAUCAUCUUCGCUCUCAUCACCCUAAAGCUCUGCUCUCUCUUCACCCCGCAGAUCCUCCUUCUUCUUUUGAUAUUCGAUUGUUAUUUCUAUACGAAUUCUUAAUACCCCGAAGCCCCGCAAGACCGCUCUUCUAUCUUCUCCAUCCAAUUUCCACGCCCAAACCUUUUAUUAUCCCUAAAGAGCCCGAAAAAACAUCCCUACGGUUCUCCCUCAACCGUAUACCAAUACACGACGAUAGCAUCGAACAAAUUGGCAGCCGCAACAGACUAAGCUCGUGUAAAUAAGCCGGUUCGAUAUAAUGUCCGUCCAGGCAAAGGCGGCUGACACUGUCGCCAACGGCGUCAAGGCCCACACCAAUGGCACUGUGCCGCUUGUCAACUGCUCGACACCGUCCUACGCAUCGAGACACAAGCUUGCAGACCACUUCAUUGGCGGUAACAAGCUGGAGAAUGCGGCGCCCGGCGCAGUGAAAGACUUUGUGGCGGCUUGUGACGGCCACACCGUGAUCACGAACGUACUGAUUGCGAACAAUGGAAUUGCAGCCGUCAAGGAGAUCAGAUCCGUCCGGAAAUGGGCGUACGAGACCUUCGGCGACGAGAGGGCGAUUCAGUUCACUGUCAUGGCGACACCCGAAGAUUUGCAGGCCAACGCAGACUACAUCCGAAUGGCAGAUCAAUAUGUGGAGGUGCCAGGAGGCACAAAUAAUAACAACUAUGCCAACGUAGAGUUGAUUGUCGACGUGGCCGAGAGAAUGAAUGUUCAUGCCGUAUGGGCUGGAUGGGGACAUGCAUCCGAGAACCCCAAACUGCCCGAGUCGCUGGCCGCAUCGCCCAAAAAGAUCGUGUUCAUUGGCCCACCCGGAUCCGCGAUGCGAUCGCUCGGUGACAAGAUCUCCUCGACGAUCGUAGCACAGCACGCAAAGGUGCCUUGUAUUCCGUGGUCAGGAACUGGAGUGGACACAGUCGCCGUUGACGAGGGAGGCCUGGUGACUGUUGAAGAUCACAUCUACAUGAAGGGAUGCGUCGAGUCAUGGCAAGAAGGUCUAGAGAAGGCUCAGCAAAUCGGUUUCCCAGUCAUGAUUAAGGCAUCCGAAGGUGGUGGUGGAAAGGGAAUUCGCAAAGCAGACUCCGAGGUUGGAUUCGAAGCAUUGUACAAGGCUGCUGCAAGCGAAAUCCCUGGAUCGCCUAUCUUCAUCAUGAAGCUGGCCGGAAACGCGAGGCAUUUGGAGGUUCAAUUGCUGGCAGAUGAAUACGGAAACAAUAUCUCACUUUUUGGAAGAGAUUGCUCUGUCCAGAGACGCCACCAAAAGAUUAUCGAGGAAGCGCCAGUUACUAUCGCCAAAUCUGCAACUUUCCAGGCUAUGGAGAAGGCCGCAGUGCGUCUUGGGCGAUUGGUCGGCUACGUCUCAGCUGGAACAGUCGAGUACUUGUACUCGCACUCGGAUGACAAGUUUUACUUCCUCGAGCUGAACCCUAGAUUGCAGGUUGAGCAUCCAACAACGGAGAUGGUUUCUGGUGUCAACCUGCCAGCUGCACAGCUUCAAAUUGCUAUGGGUUUGCCAUUGCACCGCAUUCGCGACAUUCGUCUCCUAUACGGCGUGGACCCUGCUGGGUCGAACGAGAUCGACUUUGAUUUCUCGAAAGAGGACAGCUCCCUCACCCAACGCCGACCAUCGCCAAAGGGCCACACUACCGCUUGCCGUAUCACCUCUGAAGAUCCCGGAGAAGGCUUCAAGCCGUCCAACGGUGUUAUGCACGAACUGAACUUCAGGAGUAGUUCGAAUGUCUGGGGUUACUUCUCCGUCGGCACAGCUGGUGGAAUUCACAGUUUCUCUGACUCUCAGUUUGGUCACAUUUUCGCCUAUGGCGAGAACAGAUCCGCGUCAAGAAAGCACAUGGUUGUGGCUCUGAAAGAGCUGAGCAUCCGUGGUGACUUCAGGACAACAGUUGAAUAUCUGAUCAAGCUGUUGGAGACCCCCGCUUUCGAGGACAACACCAUCACCACCGGCUGGCUCGAUGAACUGAUCUCGAACAAAUUGACUGCCGAGCGCCCAGACUCAAUGCUUGCUGUCGUUUGUGGUGCAGUAUGCAAGGCCCACAUUGCUAGUGAGGGUGCCAUGUCAGAAUAUAGAACCAGCUUAGAGAAGGGUCAAGUGCCCGCCAAAGAGGUUCUGAAGACUGUCUUCCAGAUCGAUUUCAUCUACGACGGCCACAGAUACAAAUUCACAGCAACGAGAUCGAGUCUUGAUAGCUACCAUCUGUUCAUCAAUGGCUCUAAGUGCUCAGUUGGCGCGAGAGCUCUCAGCGACGGCGGCCUGCUUGUUCUUCUCAGUGGACGUUCUCACAACGUUUACUGGAAGGAGGAAGUUGGAGCGACCAGAUUGAGCGUUGACAGCAUGACUUGCCUCCUUGAGCAAGAAAACGACCCCACCCAACUGAGGACUCCAUCUCCAGGAAAGCUCGUCAAGUUCACCGUUGAGAACGGCGAGCACGUCAAGGCUGGCCAGGCGUACGCCGAGGUUGAGGUCAUGAAGAUGUACAUGCCCCUUCUCGCUGGAGAAGACGGUAUUGUGCAGCUUAUCAAGCAGCCAGGAGCUACCCUCGAGGCUGGUGAUAUCAUUGGUAUACUCGCCCUGGAUGACCCAUCGAGAGUGAAGCACGCACAGCCCUUCCUCAGCCAACUACCUGACCUCGGUCGCCCACAAGUCGUCGGAACCAAGCCCGCCCAAAGAUUUGUUCUCCUUCACAAUAUCCUCCGCAACAUCCUCCAAGGGUUCGACAACCAGUUCAUCAUGAACGAGACACUUAAGGACUUGAUUGAGGUGCUCAGAGAUCCUGAGUUGCCAUAUUCGGAGUGGAAUGCCCAGUUUUCUGCGCUGCACGCCAGAAUGCCCCAGAAGCUUGACAGCCUUUUCGGUCAGAUUGUCGACCGUGCUAAGGCCCGCAAGGCAGAGUUCCCUGCCAAGAACCUGCAAAAGGCCCUCCAGAAGUUCCUCGACGAGAAUGUUGAUCCUAAUGACACUGACAUCCUCAAGUCCACCCUGGUACCGCUUACCGAGGUGCUUGAAAAAUACGUGGAUGGUCACAAAGUCAACGAGUUUAAUGUAUUCUCUGGCUUGCUUGAACAGUACGCUGAAGUCGAGAAGCUCUUCUCUAGAAGGACUUCGAGAGAUGAGGAAGUCAUCCUCAAGCUUAGGGAGGAUAAUAAGGACGACAUCCCCAAGGUUGUCCAGACUGUACUUUCGCACAGCAGAGUAGGCGCAAAGAAUAACCUCAUCCUUGCCAUUCUCGACGAGUACAGGCCAAACAGGCCUAACUCUGGUAACAUCGCCAAGUACUUCCGCCCAGCACUGAAGGGGCUCACUGAGCUUGAGUCGAGACAAACUGCCAAGGUCUCUCUUAAGGCUCGCGAGGUUCUGAUCCAGUGCGCACUUCCGUCUCUCGAGGAGCGCGCUGCCCAGAUGGAGCACAUUCUUCGCUCUUCCGUUGUCGAGUCGAGGUAUGGUGAGACUGGAUGGGACCACAGAGAGCCCAGCCUUGAGAUCCUGAAAGAAGUCGUUGACUCGAAGUACACCGUCUUCGAUGUCCUCCCCAUCUUCUUUGGUCACCAAGACGCAUGGGUCUCACUUGCUGCCCUUGAAGUUUAUAUCCGCCGUGCGUACCGUGCAUACUCAUUGAAGAAGAUUGAGUACCACAGCGAGUCUAGCGACCCACCGUUUAUUGUAUCGUGGGACUUUGUCCUCCGUAAGGUCGGACAGUCAGCGCUUGGACUGCCCGUCCAGUCCUCUCCUUCAACCCCAGCGACUCCAGUCGUGGAGAGCAGAGAUCCAUUCAAGCGUAUCAGCUCCAUUAGCGACAUGUCAUACCUUGUCAACCAGUCUGAUACGGAGACCACAAGAAAGGGUGUCAUUGUUCCUGUCCAGUAUAUUGACGAGGCCGAGGAGUACCUUGCUAGAGCCCUCGAAGUCUUCCCAUUGGCUGGCGCCAAGGUGAAGAAGCCCUCACCGAACACCCUUAUGCCUGACCUUGGCGGCAAGCGCAAGAUUCCGCAGGCAAUUCCAUUAACCCACAACGAUGAGCUUACAGCCGUCUGCAAUGUUGCCAUCCGCGAUUCCGAGUCUGCCGAUGAUGCCGAGUUACUAGUUAGGAUCAAGGCUAUUGUCAGCACCUACAAGGAUGAGCUCCUUGCGCGCCGUGUUCGACGCCUUACAUUCAUCUGCGGACACAGAGAUGGUUCUUACCCCGGCUACUUCACUUUCCGUGGCCCGCACUACGAAGAAGAUGACAGGAUCAGGCACACCGAGCCAGCUCUGGCCUAUCAGCUUGAGCUUGAGAGGUUGUCCAAGUUCAACAUCAAGCCCGUCUUCACGGCGAACAGGAACAUCCACGUUUACCAGGCUGUUGGCAAGGAUGUGGAGAGUGACAAGCGCUACUUCACACGUGCCGUGGUUCGUCCUGGACGUCUGCGUGAUGAGAUUCCUACCGCUGAAUAUCUCAUCUCGGAGGCUGACAGACUGAUGAACGAUAUUCUCGAUGCUCUAGAGAUUGUAGGCAACAAUAACUCUGAUCUUAACCACAUCUUCAUCAAUUUCUCACCAGUCUUCCCGCUCAUCCCACAAGAGGUCGAGCAGGCCCUUGCUGGUUUCUUGGAGCGAUUUGGUCGCAGGUCAUGGCGCCUCCGCGUCACUGGCGCUGAGAUCCGCAUCAUCUGCACUGACCCCGUCACUGGCAUGCCUUAUCCUCUUCGUGUUGUUAUUACCAACACUUCUGGAUACGUCAUCCAGGUCGAAAUGUACCUUGAGCGCAAGUCUGAAAAGGGCAGCGAGUGGGUGUUCCAGAGCAUUGGCGGCACGACCAAAAUUGGCUCCAUGCACUUGCGUCCAGUUUCUACGCCGUACCCUACCAAGGAGUGGCUCCAGCCCAAGAGAUACAAGGCCCAUUUGAUGGGUACUCAGUACGUCUACGAUUUCCCGGAGCUUUUCAGACAGGCUAUCCAGAACAACUGGGCCAAGGCUGUCGGCGAGCACUCCUUGCUGGCGGAAAAGCAGCCUCAAGUUGGUGAUUGCAUUGACUACAGCGAGUUGGUUCUUGAUGACCAUGACGAUCUCGCUGAGGUUUCCCGCGAGCCGGGCACUAACACCCAUGGUAUGGUUGGAUGGAUCGUGACCGCACGAACUCCCGAGUACCCCAAGGGCCGCAGAUUCAUCAUCAUCGCCAACGAUAUAACCUUCAGAAUCGGAUCCUUUGGCCCAAAGGAAGAUCACUUCUUCAACAAGUGCACUGAGCUCGCACGUAAGCUUGGAAUUCCCCGCAUCUACCUUUCUGCCAACUCUGGUGCUCGCAUCGGUAUGGCCGACGAGCUUAUCCCGCAUUUCAACGUUGCGUGGAAGGACGCCGACAGGCCAGAGGCGGGCUUCAAGUACCUGUACUUGAAUUCUGAGGCUAAGGCCAGAUUUGAGGAUGGCAAGUCGAAGGAUGUUAUCACCGAGGAGAUCGUCGAGGAUGGCGAGACGAGACACAAGAUCACCACCAUCAUCGGUGCCGAAGAUGGCCUUGGAGUUGAGUGCUUGAAGGGCUCUGGUUUGAUUGCCGGUGCUACAAGCAGAGCCUAUGAUGAUAUCUUCACCAUCACCUUGGUUACCUGCCGCUCUGUUGGUAUCGGUGCUUACCUUGUUCGCCUCGGUCAGCGUGCUAUCCAGAUCGAGGGCCAGCCAAUCAUUCUCACUGGUGCACCUGCUAUCAACAAACUCCUCGGUCGCGAAGUUUAUACCUCCAACUUGCAACUUGGUGGCACCCAGAUCAUGUACAAGAACGGUGUGUCCCACAUGACCGCCAACGAUGAUUUCGAGGGUGUAUCCAAGAUUGUCGAGUGGAUGUCGUUCGUUCCAGACAAGAAGAACAACCCCGUGCCAGUCAGCCCAGCUGUUGAUAGCUGGGACAGAGAGAUCUCGUACAUGCCUCCUGACAAGCAAGCGUUUGACGUCAGAUGGCUCAUCGCCGGUAAGGAAGACGAGGAGGGUUUCCUUUCCGGUCUCUUCGACAAGAACUCUUUCAUUGAGACUCUUGGCGGAUGGGCUCGCACUGUUGUUGUCGGCCGUGCUCGCCUCGGCGGUAUCCCAAUGGGUGUCAUCGCCGUCGAGUCUCGUUCCGUCGAGAACAUCACUCCAGCUGACCCUGCCAACCCCGAUUCCAUGGAGCAGAUCUCCAAUGAGGCUGGUGGUGUCUGGUACCCCAACUCCGCUUUCAAGACCGCACAGGCCAUCAAGGAUUUCAACAAUGGUGAGCAAUUGCCAUUGAUGAUCUUGGCGAACUGGAGAGGAUUCUCGGGUGGACAGCGUGAUAUGUUCAACGAGGUCCUUAAGUAUGGUUCAUACAUUGUCGAUGCAUUGGUCAAGUACGAGCAGCCAAUCUUCGUCUACAUUCCGCCGUUUGGCGAGCUCCGUGGUGGAUCAUGGGUUGUCGUUGACCCAACCAUCAACCCCGAUUGCAUGGAGAUGUACGCCGACGAAGACUCCCGCGGUGGUAUCCUCGAGCCCGAGGGUAUCGUCAACAUCAAGUUCCGCCGCGAGAAGCAGCUUGAGACCAUGGCCCGCCUGGACCCCAUCUACGGCGCCCUCAAGAAGCAGCUCUCCGACUCUUCUCUCAGCCCGGAGCAGCUCGCCGAAGUCGCCGACCAGAUGCAGGCCCGCGAGCGCCUCCUGCUGCCCGUCUACGCGCAGGUCUCCCUCCAGUUCGCGGACCUCCACGAUCGCGCUGGCCGCAUGAAGGCCAAGGGCGUCAUCCGCGACUCGCUGAAGUGGCGCAACGCGCGUCGCUUCUUCUACUGGCGUGUUCGCCGCCGCUUAAACGAGGAGUACAUCGUCAAGCGCAUGGCGAUUGCUGCGCCAGCGCAGCCCGGCGCCACUGGGACGCGCGCGCGCUCUCUGCAGUUGUUGGAGGCGUGGAGUGGGAUUGUCAACUUCGGGACGGCGGAUCGCGAGGUGGCGUUGUGGUAUGAGGAGAAUAGGAAGCAGGUCCAUGAUAAGGUUGAGGCGAUGAAGGGGGAGUCGACGGCGGGAGAGAUUGCGAGGUUGUUGAGGGAGGGUGGAAAAGUUGGGUUGAGGGGUGUGAAGUUGGUGCUGGGCAUGUUGCCGGCGGGCGAGAGGGAGGAGGCUCUGAAGUUCUUGAGCCAGGCAUAGAAGAGGCGUGAUGGGUGAAUAUAGAAUUGUAUGAUAAUGGAGGCUGAGCUGCGGAGACGCAGGUGUCGGUAUUGCUGUAUGGGCUUGUUUUGGGCUAUGAAGCGCAUGUGCAAGAAUUUUUUAGAUGUUUGAAAUGGAGUUUGUUCUGUUAGGAUUAUUUAUUUGAUGAUAUUUACAUUUGGUUGUAACUCAACUGGCC